GAAGCGCGAGGGGCGAGAACUACCUGAUCCAAGAGAGCCAGUGAACGGAGCAGGAACAGGGACACAGAGAGGCAAAGUGUGAGACAGACAGGGAGCCGCUGCCGAUGAGAGAGACGCUUAGAUAAGACAUGCAAUUUGCAGUUCACUGAAUCGCGCUGGGAUGAGAGUAAUCUGACUUCUGCAGCGGAGCGUUCAGAGAAUUACGCACGAAGCGCUAUUCCAAGGUGACCAACUUUUACGCGCGGACCUCUGGAGUUGUGGGGUUUUACUUAUGACCAGAGUCCUGCAUUAUCUUUACAUUUAACUGCGAUUCUGAAACGGGAGCUCGUUAUUUGAUCAUUUUUGACUGGAAUUUUGACCGGAAAGUGGACGCACCGAGCACUUUGACACAUGUCAGCGAAUCAUUUUUGAAAAUCACACAUUUGGAGACAUUUUUGGAACCACGGUGGGGGCUCACUGGGACUCCCUCUUACAAAGACAGAUAUAAUGGGAAUUGUGUUGCUGUAGCCUUCCACCCUGCGUUGCGCACCUGUCCCACAGUACCCUUGACGUCUCCGCUUGAGAGUUUUCAAAACAGCGGUAUGGACAGAGUCAGACGUCUAGCCUACGUGUGAGUCACCGUGAGCAAACAUUUGGACAAGCGGCGCUUAUAGGCAGUGACACAUUUGGGGAUAUUUAACAGUGCGUGCCUUGCACAAGCGCCCAGCACACGACACCGGGACGAGGCUCGGUGCAGCCGGGGGAUUGGACGCCGAGGUGCUAAAUGCCCAGCCGGUCGCUUGCGGCUCCUCAGGCUGGGCGGCAACAUGAGGUCCUGGGUCCUGCUGCUGCUGCUGGCUGCGCUCUCAGCGGCCCUUCUGCGGCUCGGCAGCGCUGAGGGCGAUCCUCUCCCUUCGUCGCUGGUCGACCUGGUGAGGAACUCUCCCAUCUCCUCUGUGGACGACCUGAAGCUGCUGCUACAGCAAGAGACCAAUGCAAUAGAAGAGGAAGAAGAUGAGCAUGAUAUUCUCACAAACCGCACCCAUGGCCGAUACACUAGAAGUCUUGUGGAGGCGCAGCCGGCCCAGCAGGCGGCCUGUAAAGUUCGGACAGAGGUGAUGGAGGUGACGAGGUCCAUGCUGGACCGCCGCAAUGCCAACUUCCUGCUGUGGCCACCAUGCGUGGAGGUGCAGAGAUGUUCAGGCUGCUGCAACACAAGGCUGCUGCAGUGUGUCCCCACCGUCACUUCCAGCAGAUACCUACAGGUGAUAAAGAUCCAGUACAUUAACAGGAAAGCCCACUAUGACAAAGCCAUAAUCUCAGUGGAAGAUCAUGUGAGCUGCAGGUGCCAGCCUUCCACAACUUCCUCAUCCUCCUCAUCAUCUUCCUCCCCGUCCCUUCCUAUCACUCGCUCCUCCAUUCAGAACCCCAAGCCCAACCCCCCUCCACCUCCACCACAGCAGCCUCCGCCAUCCUCCCACCUUUCCCUGCCCCUUCCCCGAUCAGUUCACCCGGCUUCGCCCAAGACUCACGCCUCCAAGGCCGACCUCCAUCGCCACGAUGACCUGAAGCACAACCAACAGCGCUACCAUCCUGAAGAGCGUGAACCAGUGGCAAGGCAGUGGCAGCAGGGCAGCUACACCCAGUUGGUGCACUGGACACAGCCCAGGGUGCACCAGGCACCCACGCACAUGCAGACAGGGGUGCAUCAGCCGAUCGCCGGAGUGCUCGGGUCUGUCAGCAGCUGGCCAGCGGAGGCGAGGGCGGAGCAUAGUGUCAUGGGAAGCACUCAGCCGGUCGGACACGGGAGCGGGUAUGACGGGAGCAGAGAGGAAGGCAGCGUGCAUGUAGCAAACAGUGGCAGUGAAGUGCAUCAUCCUGAUCACACACAGAGGCAGCAACAGGUGUUACAGCAUCAGCAGAGACAGCAGCAAUAUCAGUAUCAUCACCAGCCGCAUUAUCCACAGCAGUACAACAACGGAGGAGUGGAGGACCAAGAGCUGAGGACGCAAUAUCGACUCAAUGCUCCCCAGUCAGACAGCGCCUCCCCACCUGGCAGCCCAACCCCGCUGCCACAAUUAGAACAAAACCCCACCCCUCCUCUGACCACGCAUCAGAAAGACUCAGUGACCAGCCAAAAAAUUACAGAGGUCACAAAUUACAAACAGACUGAGACUGAAACAGUCAGUCAAAAAGAAGGGAACGAGAAGGAGGAAAGUGGGUCAGCCAAUAGCGGGGACUCAGCUGGUGCUGAGCUGGCCAAUCAGGGGAAGGAAAAAGACUCUAAGCCGACCACAGGAGAGGGUCAUUUAACGGAGGAGGAGAGGAGACAGAAACUUCUGGAGAUGGUACAGAGGGAACCAGAUACACAGCCUCAUCUUCAUCCGCAUCAUCCACAGCAGAGACCAAAGCCAACUGCAUUUAAAACAGCCCUCCCCGCUGUGGCUCCCAUCUCACCUGCUGCACGUCAGGCCCCGUUCCGUCCAGCCUCACCUCGCCGCAGGAGGAAACACCGCAAACGCAUCAGCAAAGCAGCCAUCAGAGCCAUGAUCAUGUAGAGCUGCAGGAAAUGGUAAAGCUCACCAACACAUUGCUGAAAAGACAGAGAGAGAAAUGAGGAACAUGGGAUUCUUGAAUGUGGGACAGUUGACUCUGUGGACAAAUGCUGAGGAAUCAACAGAGGUGAUGGACACUGCUGCUAUUUCCGAACAACAGCUUCAGAGAAAGUCCUGCUCCAGAGCUGCCGCAGCGCGUCCAGCUUCAUGGAUUUGUUUAAAGUGCAAUCUUAUGACUAACUCCUUGAACUGGAAGGUAUUUGUCACACUAAACACUGGAUUUCAUUUGUAUGAACCACAAAUCCCAUUAACGUGGAUCGAUGGAAGCUCAUCAGAUGCUAGACUGGUGGUCUGUUCUUGCAGUUGGCAGCCAUUGAUUGGCUACUUUAACACUGUUGACUUCCAGCUCAACUACUGAUUGGUGAACCUGACUAUGACUUGGACUAAGAAGUCUUUAUUUGGGGCUAAAUGUGGAGCUCAAGUUGAAUCUGGAGAUGUGGAGAACUGGAUUUCUACACUGGGUUGAUAACUGGAAACUGGAGAGUGCAGCUCAGGCCUCAAUGCCAAACAUUACUGUUAUCUUACAAUGUCUGAAUCUAACUUUAUCUAACACUGGAGUAGCCCUACACUGAUCAUACUACACUGACUUUAGAGAAGUGCUCUGCCGUGUACUGUAGCUUGAUGUACUGGAAAAUAUCGAUAACCUGCUCAUUUUGUACUACUGCCAGAUCAAAAUGGAAAUAACAACCAAAUGCCUGCCUAGAUAACAUGCUAUGAAUAUCCACAUUAAAGCAAGUCUUAAAGACCUGGCUUUUAGAGAUUGCUGUGAGCCAGUUAUAGCCAACACUGUAUGUAUAAAUGCUUUUAGAAAAUGAUAUCUGGGGGAAAAAGAAAAACUUUAUUUCUUAACUUAUUUAAAAAAAAGGAGGAUGUGAAGUCCUCCAGUCCUCAAGUGUAAUUAUUGGUGCAAACAUGUUUCAGAUUAUAAUUAUUGGUUGUACAACUGUUACUGUUAUGAAUGUUAUUUUUAAUAUAAAAUAAAAAUGUUCAACAAA